UAUGUGGCACAGUCAGUGACUCUUUCAGACAAUACAAAGCAGUGCGCUAGAGGGCUCAUGUGGUAGCGUUUUUAUAGGAUUUACAGGGUAAAGACACAUAUCCAAUUCAGAAGACCUUGUUGCGAACAAAGCAAAGCUGCUGUUCAACAGCAAGGUAUUUUGGUAUACUCUUCAUUGAAAGCACACUGACUUUGCUGACGCAGUAAUGAACGCUGCCAAAGUCAUGCCAGUGGACCUGGCCAUGCAUAUGUCCAUGAAUCGCCGUCCUCCAGUUAGAGAACUUUUGAGAAUGUCCACACUCAGAUCCCACCAUGCCCUUACUCGACCUAGCACAUGUGAUUCUCUGCAAUCCAGAGCUGCUAGAGCCUCACAGAUUCCUGCCUCUCCAGUGAGUGCCGUAAGCUGCAUGAACCCUUGUGGGACACUCAAGAAGAAAAAACGAGUGGUAUUUGCAGACGCUAAAGGACUGGCCCUUACUGCGGUGCGGAUAUUCAAUUCAGAUCCCCCCGUAUCCUAUGAAGAGUUGCUUUCUCCACCUGCCAAGAUAAAGACUGAUUUGUCUGUGCAAAGUAAGAAGCCUCAUCUCCGGUUGGGGUUCAAUCAGCCUUCUGCUGAUUUACCAUCAUUCUUUGAAAGUCUGGCUAAAUCUCUGGUGCGUCUGGAGAGCUGCAGCUUGAUCUAUAGAUCAUUGUUCGGAAAGGUGAGGGUCUGCAAUAUAAGUCCCAAGAAAGCUGUGCAUGUUCGCAUCACGUAUGACUCAUGGAAGAGCCACCAGGAUGUUCCAUGUACCCCUAUCCAUCAGAAGAAUGGACGCUCUGAGACAGAGCUGUUUGUCUUUAACAUUCCAGUCCCUUCCUGCCCUAAUUUUCAGGAUCAUCUGGAGUUCUGCGUGUCCUUCCGGCCUGGAUCUGGCAACAUGCUUCUGUGGGACAGCAAUGGUGGACAAAACUAUCGAAUCCUUGUGAAGGACUUGAACUCAGAAGACACAUACUCAGUUGAGAAAAAACCCUUGAGGCCCCAGAACUUUCAAAGUCCCCAAUCAUUGCCCCUGAGAAAGGGUCCAGGAAGUCUUAGCUCGCAUACUUCCUCUGAGAAUAUGAGCAAAACUUUGAGUAGGCAAGAAAACAGUAUUCUGAAAAGCAAUUUAUUUCCUAAUUCUAACAGUGCUAACAAAUUAAACUAGCAUGGGUGGUGGGGUGUUUGCAUGUUGGACCCUUCUAAUUUUCAUCAUCAUCUGUGUUUGAUGAUUUUUGCCUGAAAAGGAAUUAAGUGGGAGAAAAGUCAGACAGACAGCCAUGCUUGUGCUAGUUCUCUCCACUCCAAUAUACCUGUGUGAGUCAGUAGUGAGUCAGUGGUGAGAUAGCGAGACAGCAUUGUCUGUUUCAAGGACUGUGCACCUGUAUACCAAUGAGUAUUUGUUAUGAUAAUGAACAUCAGCACUUUAUCAAGGUCAGCCUAUUGCAAGCUAUGAGGGUCUUUCACUUCCUGUGAGGUCAUUGUACUGAUACAGAUAAUGAGUGCAACUAAAGCUGUGAAAUGACUGAAAUUUAAUAUGUAAUAUAACUGUUUGAAAGUUUUAUAUGUACAGUUUUAUUGUCAGGUUUAUUGUCGAAAUUUAAAGACUUUCAGCUGUUUGCAAUGAACAAAUCAAACAAAAGCAAUUGAAAUAGUUCAACACAACCAGCUUCAAGUGGUUUCCGCAAAUUCAACUGAAAAUGCAACUUAUAAUGAUUUCUCCAGUUUCAAAAUUAUUCAGCCCCUUCAUGGCAAGCAUCUUUAGUACUUAGUAGAGAUCCUUUUGCUGUUAUGACCUGCUGUAAACGAGAUGCAGUGCUUCUGGUAGUGUUCCUGAGGAAUCUUAUCCCAUUCCUCAUGAGCAAUGGCCUCCAGUUCAGUAAUAUUCUUGGGUUUGCGUGCUGCAACCGCCUUCUUCAAAUCCCACCAGAGAUUUUCUAUGGGAUUGAAGUCAGAUGACUGUGAUGGCCCUGUAGAAUCUUCCAAGACUUCUUCUGCAACCAAGCCUUGGUGGAAUUUGUGGUAUGCUUGGGAUCAUUGUCCAGUUGGAAGGUCCACUGACACCCAAGCUUCAGUUUCUUCAUUUUCUCCUAGGAUUUCCUGAUACUUCAAUAAAUCCAUCUUGCCUUCCACACACUGCAGGUUUCCAGUGCCAGAGGAUGCAAAGUUCGAGAGUGUUGUUUCAUCGCUCCACAGAACAGAAUCCCAAAACUUCUGUAGCUAAUUUGUAUGACUUUGAGGCGACUUUUCUUGUGAUUUUGGGUCAGUAGUGGUGUACGUGUUGGAGUACUGGCAUGGAAACCUUCUGCAUUUAGUACACACCUUGCUGUGCUCACUGAAAUCUCAGUGCCUGUUGCCACCGAAUCUUGCUGCAGGUCUUUUGCAGUCACUCGAGGGUUUUUCACAACCUGCCUUCUCAGAAAUCUGGUUUCAGCCAUUGAUAGCUUCCUUUUACUGCACCGUCCAGGUAUUUCAUGAUUUUCUACCCCUAGCCAGUUCAGGUAUUUCUUGAAUUUUCUAUCCCUAGCCAAUUCAGGUAUUUCAUGUGCUCCAGCUCAAGCACACCUGGUGCAAUUAAUGAAGGCUUUGAUUAGUUUAGCAUCAGGUGUGCUUGAGACAACACCUGUUUUGCAUAUUUGUGCUGUUGUGAGGGAUUCUAUUCAGGGGGGUGAAUAAUUUUGAAACUGGAGAAAUCAUUAUAAGUUGCCUUUUCAGUUCAAUUUGGGGAAGUAGUUGCUUUUGUUUGAUUUGUUCAUUGCAAACAGCUGAGAGUCUUUAAAUUUUGACAAUAAACCUGCUUUGCAAUGGGGGUUGAAAAAUGUUGAUUGCAACUGUAUGUACAGUGAUGAAAAAUGUUUAAAAUGUUAAAUAAACAUAUAUUCAGAUACAAA